AUGGGCUUGCAGUCCCCCGCUCAUCGGCUCGCCGCCGCCGCCAAGAGCCCCAAUGGGUCCCCGGGCAAUCAUAACCUCAACGAUCUUCAGCUUGGCGCCGACCAAAGAGCUCUCGGCAUCCGACCGGGACCUGCUCGGCUGGAUCAACAACAAGAUCCGGGCCCGCACGUCGGCCACCGCCUCGGACUUCUCGGGCUCCAUCAGCUGAGGCCUCAACAAAGCACGCAGCGCCUGUCGCCCUCCAAAGCGGGUGCCGAGUCUCCCGAAGAGACCUCGGCAUCCGACCAGGACCUGCUCGGCUGGAUCAACAACAAGAUCCGGGCCCGAACGUCGGCCACCGCCUUGGACUUCUCGGGCUCCAUCAGCUGA